AUGGUCAAUUAUUUAUCGUCUUCAUUCGUUUACACGAAGAUUGCGAACUUAAUAUUAUGGUUUUACGCUGAUGUAAGGUAUGGACUUCCAUAUGGUGCAAUCCUCAUUCUAUCAGCUCUACUCAUCCCAGAACCAACAUACUCGGGUCCUGAACUUGUAACUUACUUCCGUGGCCCUCAAGUGUUGGAAGAUGAACUGAAACACCAUAAGAACAGCACAUACAUUGUGUGUUUGUAUGCUGCAUGGCAUCCUGCCUGCGUUAACUUUGCACCGGUGUUUGCUGAACUGUCUGCGAGUUACAGUCUUGAGAACCUGAAGUUUGGGAAGCUGGAUGUGGGGAGAUAUGCUGAAUCAGCUACAAAAUAUAAAGUACUAGAUGGUCCUACGAGCCGACAAUUACCCACGAUGAUUCUCUUCUGCAAUGGAGUUGAGAAAAUGAGAAGACCACAAGCAGAUAACACUGGGAAACUGCAGAAAUUCUUAUUCUCAAAGGAUAAUGUAAAGGCAGCAUUCGACCUGGAUGGAAUUUACCAAGAAUGUAAGGAAAAACUGGCAGCCGCAAAGAGUGUUAAAAAGACCGCUUAG